AUGGCGGACCCGCAGCGUGCAAAAGACAGCAGUAAACACGCGCCUAUGUCCAGGGGUACAGCGACCACCUCCACACCUGACGUUGGGCCGGUGGAGGAGGCGGGGGUCGCGGCCUCGAUCCCUUGUUUUUCCCGGGCCUCGGAGCUGCUGUCCGCUCCGUACUCCUGCCUGGUCCUCAACACUCACCGCAGGCACAUCGCUCUGCCGCCGCUGCACCUCCACAAGAAGCGGACAGGCAUCAGACAGGAGCUGGACACCGAGCUGCUCAAGUUCUCUCACAGAUUGAGCGGAGUGCCCCUAGCGUACGACGAUAUAAGAAUAUUGGGGCAGCAGGGAGACAUCUUUGACGACAGUGGCUACAUCCACUUAAACAUUGAGGCCAACUUCAUUGUGUUUCAGCCCAAGAAAGGACAAACUCUGUUGGGUAAAGUAAACAAGCUGGGGGCAAAUCAUGUGGGAUGCCUGGUUCACGGCUGCUUCAAUGCCAGCAUCCUCAAACCAAACCUGGUCUCCAUGGAGACUUGGAGGUAUGCGGGACCCCAGAUCGGCUCCGAGCUGAUGUUUGAUGUGACCGCCUUGGAUGCAGACUUUGUAGGAGUUCUUCUCAUCAGAGGACGAAUGAAAAAAACAAGGGUGCAGGAGCUGCUGGCUAUCGGGGAAAGUAUGGCAUUUACUGUACAGCCUGCUAUACAGCAGUGGGCUGCUGGUGCCCAGCCUGAUGACCAGCCUGCAGACCAGCCUGCAGACCAGAGCGUAGAUCUGCCUAUGCACCAGACCAUAGACCAGAUCACUGAGCCGAUGGACACACCUUCUGAUGAGACGCCAAAGAAAAAGAAGAAAAAGAAAAGGGAUAAAAUCAAAGAAGAAGCUCCUUUUACCCCAGAAAAGGAUACAACAGUGAGUGAGGCCAUGAGUGAGCCUUUAUGCGACAUUGGAGGAAACACAAAGAAAAAGAAAAAAGUCAAAGUUAAAGAGGAAAGCAUAGAUGUGCCGGUGACCCUCCCCUUUAACCCCGAGUAUGACAGAGCAACAAACACGACAGCAGAGUUAAAUGGAACAAAGGAAGAAGAAACGAAUGGUUCUGAGGAGAAAAAGAAGAAGAAAAAGAAGAAAGACAAACGUUUUAAAGAGGAGCCGCAGGAGGUGGCGGUAACUAUGGAGGUCCACGGCAGUGACUCCAGCGGAUACCCCAGUUACAAGCCCAAGAAGAGGAAAGUCCAUUCUCAAAGUGAAGACUCACCAGGUUUUAGUCAAGAGUUUGAAAUGCCGUGUAAGAAGAAAAUCAAGACUUUGACUGAGCUCAAAGAAGAAUCACUAACAUUUUAG